AUGUCUGGCCGCGAGCGUACAUCCUCAAACAGCUCAUCAGACUGGGUGUCCUGCAGCAGCAGCAGCAGCAGCAGCUCUUCUCACAUUGUCAGCGACGGGGUCACUCCGAGUGCUGGAUUGCUGUCGACACUGAAACGGAAUUGGCAGUUGACGUCAUGGUCACGCUUGCGCCCACGAUUGAAGGAGCCUGAGGGCAGUGGCCCCAACGACGCUGCUUCUGGGCUUGCCCAUUUCGCUACUAAGAGCGGGGGUGCCUUGGUGCCUCGCCCUCAAUCGCCAGACAAUCUGUCCCUGAGCAGCCACUUGAGUAGCGCAUCCUGGGCUCGCUCACUAUUCGCCCCCCAUUUCAGUCGGCGCCGUCAACAACGCGAACCUCCAUUGUCAUUAGCACCAGACAGACCGCGCAAAUUCCAACAUGGCGACGACAGCGAGAUAUCCAAGGUCUACCUCUUGCCUUCUGACACGCUGACCUCGACUCUUCGGCUGCCCUCAAUCGCUCAUGUCUGGUCCGAGCUGACUAGGAUGGAUCCUAAUAACCCGACUCUGAGUCCCAAUCUCGCAGACCUGCUCACCGGUCUCUCGAGCCCAGAAGAUGCAAGCCGCAAGAUGGCGGCUUUUAAGCUGCAGUCUCUCAUUAACGACCCUUCCUUUGCGGAACAGUUCGUGCUUGCUGGCGGACUGUCUCGACUACGCACACUCGUCCUCGAGAGCAGUGGAAAUACCCUCGCAUACAGUCUUGCCAGCUUUUCCAGGCUAUUAGAGGUGGACCAAGGAUGGGAGGCUGUCACCGACCAGGUGGUGGAACUGGUCGUCUGCCAGCCUCUGGUCAAUAUCCUUCGAGGCGCAAUGGCUAUUCUUGUCUCAAUUGUUUCCCGGCCGUACCAUGCCGAUCGAUCCUCCCAAAUCAACACCAAUAACAAUGCCGGCGGGUUCCAAGCCCUGAAACCAGCCCUUGCUGUUUAUCCGCAAUUCCUCGAAAUGCUGGUGACAAGAUUAUCUUCUGCAGACCAUGCUCUGUGUGCCAAUGCCCUUCAAUUGAUCAAUUCCCUAAUGCGCGACGCAAUCACAAAUGACAACGAAACCGAAUGGCCGAAAUUUAUAAAGCGGAUACAAGAUCUUGGAGUCAUCAAGGCAGUGUAUGUGCUGAUGCAGAGCUCUGCCCUGCAAGACCUGGCGCAUCCUUUACUCGAGUUCCAAGCAUUGACAAAAAUAUUGCUAAGGAGAUGGAGAGAUGUACCGGUGGACCUGGUUAAACCCGAACACAGACGGACCAUUAAAGCAGUCCAUCUCUCGAGCAAUCCGGAAAAACAACCCGAAUACGAAAUUCGAAACGGGGAAUCAAAGGCAAAGCACAAUCCGCACAAGUGGAGACGAAUUGGGUUCACCAACGAGAAUCCGGAGCCAGAUUUCGUGGAUAUGGGCUUUCUAGGAAUGAUGGAUCUUUCCGAUUAUGUCCGUAAAUACCAAGAUGAAUUCCAGAAUGUUCUUCUGGAACAAUCAGUGAUGCCAGAACAGCAAAGGUGUCCACUGGCCCGGGCAAGUUUGACGUUGACCGCAAUUCUCUUUGAGCAUUUCGAAGUAGACAAGAUGGAUCUGGAGGAUUCUAAAAGCUACCUGGCAUUGGAGAGCCGGACUAAUUUUGACAAAGUCUUCAAACCUCUAUUGCUGCACUGGAGCCGUCUACAUGUUGCUGGAUUACAUGCGUUCUUCAGGUUAUGGAAGGCAACGGGCGCCGAAGUCGACGAUUUCCCCAAGAUUGUCGAGCUUGUCCGGAUCUUGGUGGAGAGCGUCGUUGGCGGAGCCGAACGCACCAAGGGGAUUGAAGAUAUCGAGAAAGAGAUGGCUGCCUUCGAAUACGGCAAACUUCGUGAGCUCCAGAUGGAACUCCUAGAACUGACAUAUGAAGACGUCUGGGGGCAGCAUCUCCGUGGAGUGAAGGAAGAGUUGCAGAGCGAAGCUUUGCAAUUCGUCAAGGAACAGAGGAUUCGGUGCCUGCUGGCUGGAGCGUGGUUCCCCAACGGAACGUAUACCGAUCAAGAAGGCGGAGGCCCUGUAACGGAGGAUAGUUUGGUUCAAAACGCGGCGCAUGGCUAUCGUUUCAUCAGACUUUCUGAGAACCGAAAAUACUUGCAUUGGGGUGACUUUGAGGAAAAGGAGGAGCAAUCACCGGCCACUACGAGUCUUCGGGAUAAAAUCGAUCUAUCGAUUGUAUCGUCUGUGGUUUCCAAUGUAACGGCCAACGACAGGUCAUCAAUUGGCUCGGAUUCGACAUUGAAGGAAUUGACACAUGACCGCUUCACCACAAACAAGAUCACGAUUCAUGGCUACCUGCCAAAAUCCCGUGGCGGCCGAGAAGGGCAUUCGAGAACUUCCUCAAAGACGUCUUCGGCCCGUAGUGCGUCCAAAGAAUCGGUUCUUCUUACGUUCCACCCAAACAGUCACAGCCUUGCUUCGGAAUGGCUCGACGGACUUCUGAUGCUCCUGGACCAACAACCGAUCACCGCCGAGACGAACAGACUGAUACACAUGAUCAGUGACUAUGGCCUCAAAGUCCGGCUCCUGAACGUGCGAUUCAAUGACGAGGAUGGAAUUGUGGAGGGUAUGGAUGGAAUCGACGGUCCUGAGAUUCCAAGCCGGGAAGGUUUGGAUGAUGACUACUAUUAUGAGAUAUGA